CAGUCGCCGACAGCGAGCGCAGCUGUGACUGCCACGUCUGCUAUAUCAUCCACUGUAUACUGGCUAGGCAACACCGAGCAUGAUGCUGGGAGGGUCGAAUGGUACGCCGUGGUUCAGGGCAUCAAAGCUGGAAAUGCUCGUACAAAGUGCCUGCGAUCCGACACUCCAUGAGCCCAACUACGCCAUUCACCUUGAGAUCGCUGAAUUAAUCAACACCAAGAAAGCUAAUACCCCUCGCGAAGCAGCGAUGCUCAUAGCACAUCUAUCAAACCACCGAAACCCGCAUAUCGCCAUCCUUGCACUCGCGCUUCUCGAUACCGUCGUCCAAUCGUGCGGCUACCCAUUUCACCUCCAGAUUUCAACCAAAGAAUUCCUGAACGAGCUCGUUCGUCGAUUCCCUGAACGCCCACCUCCUUUCCCUGGUCCAGUCAUGUCACGGAUUCUAGAGCUCAUCCAUCGAUGGAAGGAGGGUAUCUGCUCUGAUUCCCGCUGGAAAGAGGACUUGGGGAAUAUCAAGGAUAUGCACCGGCUUCUUACAUUCAAAGGGUACCGCUUUAGGGAGAUUCCCCGCCGCGUGGAAGCGCCCCCGACGAUGAAUAUUAAAUCUGCCGACGAGCUUGAGUCGGAAGAUCGAGAAGCACAAUCUGCUAAACUCCAGGAACUUAUCCGGAGAGGUACCCCGCGGGAUCUGGUAGCCGCGCAAGAACUCAUGAAGUCCCUCGCUGGCGCGAACCCGGAAGCAAAACCCGACUACCGCUCUCAAGCCAUGACAGAGCUCAAUAAGCUCGAGAGUAAAGUCAUUCUACUCAAUGAGAUGCUCGAUAAGUCGAUACUACACAAGGGGAGAAGUUCGCAUCGGGAGGACGCGUAUGACCAAGUCGCAUCGAUAUUGAAGUCUGCCCGUCCGAAGCUCCAGAAAUGGGUCUCGGACGCAGAAACAGACGACCCUGAGUCGUUAGACGCCUUCCUCCAAAUCAACGACCGAAUCAACAACGUCAAAGGCGACUACAGCAUAUCCGCCGUCCCAGCUGAACUCGCACAAACGAGGCGCAAUGUUCGCCUCACAACUCAGCGCCUCCUUGACGAACAACGCUUCUCUUCCUCUACUUCAUCACCGUUCCGAAUACCCCAUCGCCACAGCCCCAGUUCGGGUCUAUCAUGCUCGCGCCUACCCCACACGCGGAUAACGUCACCCAGUUAUUUCGGGGGUAAUAACGGAGGGUACGAGCCCUCGAAUUCAAGCUCGUCGUUUGGAAGGGGUCCUCAUGGAUUGGGUAUGAGUAGGCCACCAGCGACAGGCAUGAGCACG